AUGAAAAUCGUGGUGAUCAUGGUAUUACAAUAUUAAUUGACAAGUAGAAUUGUCUUGUGUUAGACAGAGUAAAUACUAAAGUAGUGCAUUGCAAAUACAUAUAUAACAUGUAUUUCCAUGCAUUAUUAAUAGUAAUACAUAUUUUGAGAUGUACAGUCCUAUAGCUGUUAGAUUGAUAGUGCAUGUUUAGUUUUCUAGGUAAUCAGUUGUGGUACUGUUUAGGUGGAUGAAUUGCCAAUUACUUUUUUGGUUGGUACUUGAAAACACAAUUACCAAUACAGUAACAUACAUUUAAUAUUUAUUAAUUUUAUUACUUUUUAUUUUAAUACUAGAAUAAUCUCCAGAGAAAAAUCAAAGCUCUCAAUACUGUAGAUGAAAAUUUGUACUUUAGAUUGAAUGAAAGGUACCGUAUAGUCACAAUCUUAUGUGAUGUUUAUAAUAUAAAACUUCAAAUUUGGGCUUAAAAUAGUUCAGAAAAACUCUAUCUAGUUAAACUUGUUAAGCUUCUUAAUCCUGGUGACUGUACAUUACCAUCUAUACAUAGUGUAGACUAUAGAGAUUUUGUUGAUAUCUCACUCAACUGAAAUCAUGUUUUGUACAUACAUACAGAUUUGUAGGUCAAAUGUAAAAUUUUAUAUACAUAAACUAGAGCUAACCAGGCAUCGAGCUUAAAAGUUCUAGCGUUUUCCACAGCUGUUCCUGUUUAGGUCUAAUAUAUUAUAAUUAUAAAAUUUUACACUUGAAAAUUUCCCUCUACAAACUCCUUCGACAAACGCUUCAUAGAGUUUUCCCUUUAUUGGUAUUCAGGGUUGUUCAACCUACCGUGAUUGUCAUGUUAUAUUUGCAGUGUAAUCUAUUGGUGGAUUUAAGGGAAGGGUUACAGGAGUUGGGGAGGGGUGGGAGUGAGCACCCCUGGAAAAAUGGCUACUGUAACCCAGAAAAUCGAAAAGUGGCUAUUGUAACCCAGUUUUACUGUUCUUCUUUAUGUACUAGCAGUGCUAAUAUCAAUCUUGUUUGCCAUUUCCUUUAGCUCGGAAUCUCAGGAAAACGCUCAACUCUUUGGCAGACUUAUUCAAGAAAUUCAUCAUGAAUUUGGUGGAGCAGAGAAUUGUCCAUGGUCACCUGUUGUUUUGAAAGGUUGAUAUGUUGAUAUUUCUCGUUCAAUGAACCCUGAAAUUUUGUUCAUUAAGUCUAAGGCCCUGUUUGGCUACCAUACAUCACAUUGUGUAAAUGAAUAAAAUGUGCAAAUCGUAUACGUGUCAAUCCGUAUUUGUGAAAGGUGACAACCCGGAUACUGUAAAAUUUCUAAACCUAUUGGAUAGUACAAACAUGAUUCAAAUGGUGUCAGGACCCACUCACCGACGAGGCCACACCUUGGACCUGAUUAUAUCACAGCUUAACGAUGAACUUGUUAGUAAUGUAAAGAUACAACAAGAAAUGUACUCCGAUCAUCGUGUAGUCAAAUGUGAAUUAAAAUGUCCAAAGCCACCUUUGUCCAAAGUUCUCGUGUCCUACAGAUCCACCAAACACCUGGACCUAGAUACUCUUAAACACCGCAUUAUAUGAAGUCCUUUUCCGACCAUAAAAUUUCUGACGUUACUGAAAUUAAUGAAUUGAUAGAUUUAUAAUGGAUCUCUAAAGGAUAUUUACGAUUCUCUAUGUCCUAUACAAACAAGAGAGAUAAAUUAUCGUCCAUGGGCUCCUUGGUACAAUGAUGACCUACGUGCAGUUAAACGCGAGAAACGACGCUUGGAACGGAAAUUCAAGAAGUCUGGCCUUACUAUUCACAAAGUAUAACAAAAGUAUAACAAAAUGUAAGAAAGUUAUAAGACCAGCUAUUACAGAGAUAAAAUUAAUCAAGCCGACAGAAACAAACUUUUCCGCCUUGUAAAUGGACUAUUCCAAAAGAAUAGCAAAGCCUUGCCAUCUUAUACAUCAUUGGAGCUCCUUGUUGAAGAGUUUAACGACUUCUUUAUCAACAAAGUUCGAAAUAUUAGAAAUGAACUGGAACUGUACAAAGAAAACCUUGAAAUAAUUAUAUCACCUCAAUCUCCGAAGCUUCCUCCUUGCAAGUUUAAAGAAUUUCAACUACCCAAUGAGAGCUCUGUGCAACAAAUCAUCAAGUCUCUGUCUACGAAGACCUGUUCGUUAGAUCCUAUACCUAUUCCUGUACAUAAGAAUCAUCUAGAAUCCUUGAAUCCUAUAUUUACAGAUAUAGUUAAAACCUCACUCUCGGAAGGAGUAUUUCCAAACACACUAAAGAUAUCUCAUCUUAGCCCACGUCUGAAGAAGCCAGACCUUGAUAAAGAUCUAUUUUCAAACUUUAGACCGAUCGCCAACAUAGCUUUUCUUAGCAAAGUCUUAGAGAAAACAGUUGCGGUUCAAACACAAGAUUUCCUGAAUUCAAAUAACUUUUAUCCUUCUUUCCAAUCAGCUUAUCGAAAAUUCCAUUCUACAGAGACGGCGUUACUGAAAGUAACUAAUGACAUCUUAAGAACCCUUGACAAUCACCAGGAUGUCAUUCUUGUAAUGCUUGAUCUAUCGUCAGCUUUCGAUACCUUAGAUCACGAUAUAUUAUUGGCAAGACUUGAAUCAUAUUUUGGUUUUUCGGAUACAGUAAUAAAAUGGUUUAAAUCAUAUCUCACUGGACGUUCGCAAUCUGUUGUAAUUGGCGAUGUUGUGUCCACAUAA